CGAACGCGCGGCCGCUUGACGUGUGCCUUGGCCCAAAUAAAAAAACAAAAACAAUGUUCUAUGGUGCACAGAUUAAAAAGGAUACCAAUUAAUGUGAUUAUUGUGGGUAGUGUUUAAAAUGUCGACUCUUUUGAAGAAUGUUACGAACUGCAUUUGGCAUGCAUUCGACUCCUUGCAAAAUAACGAGGUCGUCCAUAAAUCGAAGCUUAAGGUGCUAACCGCGAACAUAGGUACAUUACUCGACCUUUACGGUGUGGAGAAAGGUCUGGACCACUUCAGAUCCUCUCAGGAGCUGACCUUCGACGAGUUCCGUUACUAUCUCCAGCACGAGGUGUUUAGCUCGCUGCCGAAGACCGUCACACUUCCCGUUGUCAGGGAAUACGAGAAGAAAAUAAGCGAAGUGUGUUGGUUUGUGUGUCGUAAGAGCUUACUGGGCCGCGAUAAGCCGGUCUUUGGCGAUGACUCCGUGUUCAAACUCUUCAGGAUCUUCUGCCUGCUUGCUGAUCUCGUGCAAGAUUCCGAGGAGUCAAGCCGCUAUGUGGUGGUUCUUCAGCCGUCGGAAGCGGGCAUAGUGGCGGAGCAGCUAGUGCUAUGCCUUGGGCUGCGCUGGGACGCGGCGGACUGGGAGGCGCUGGGCAGCUCCAUCGGCCACUUCAAGUGGGCGGCCUUCCUCGCCGUGCUUGAGGCCAAGUACUGUUGUGAUCACCAGCUGCACGCUGAGGCCCUUGUGGAAGCCGUCGACGAGAUAUACGAUGUCUUUAUUGAGGAUAUUAUAAAGAAGGGCUACUUGUACAAACGGGGUUAUCUGCUGCCAACGAUGCGCGAGUACUGGUGCGUGCUGCAGCCGUGCGCGCUCACCUACUACAAGAGCUCGGCGCAGCGCGAGCAGUGCGGCCGCGUCGCUAUCGACGAGUACUGCUCCGUGGAACCCGCGCCCAGCGCCGGCGACGGCAAGCUGCAGCGAUUCCAGCUCGUCACCCCGGAGAGGACUUUCGAGUUCGCCACCCAGGAUCAUAAGAGUCGCCUGCAGUGGGUGUCGGCGCUGCGUCAGGCGGCGGCGGUGUCUGGGGGGGCGGAGGGCUACCAGCGACGAGCGCGUGCGGGGCGGCGCGGGGCGGGGGCGCGACGCGAGCGCGAGGCGAGAGAGACGCGCGCGCGACUCCAGAACGAGGUUCGCGCUCGGCUCGCCGCAGAAGCUCAGGCACAGGAAUUAGCAGAACUGUCCAAAAAGGAUAACAAGAAAUUAGAGGAGUUGAAGAACGCACAAGCAGAACUUGAAAGACUUUUACAAGAGGAGACGCAGGCUAAGAGAGAUGAAGAGAUCGUCAGAGCGUUACAAGCGAGAGUUCUGACAGAAGAAUGGGAGAAAAGAGAAGAGCUAGAACGCCUUCAAGAAGAACAGAAUAGAAUGUUGGAAGAGGAAAGACUUAAGAGGAAACAGUUUGAAAUGCUACAAGCGGAGAAAGAGGCACAAUUCAAAGAGGCCGAAAGAAGACUGAAAGAGUUAGAAGAAGAGAAGCAGAGACUCGACGCAGAACUGAGGGCGGCGCAGGAGAAGAUAUCACAGACUGAGCAUAACGCUCUGGCAUUGCAUGUACAGCUAAGGGAUCAUCCAAUAUUCCGCAAUGGGGAAAGAGCUCGCCGGGCGAUAUCGUUUGUGCCCACAACAAAAAGUUCCUCCGACACUCUUAUAGAUGUGAAAGCUAUAAGACAUCUCAAAGUUCUCGACGACGAAGACAAAUUAUGAUCUAAAUAUGAAACCUAUGAAAACGAUGAACGAAAAUUCGAACAUAUUAAGUAAAAUAAA